UCAUCUGAAGUGAAGCUGCGGGAGAGGAGGCAGUGCGUUCAUCCUGCGAGCUCACACACAGGAAACCUUGUGUUAAACCCUCAGCAGCAGCAGCAGGGACUGAGCUGAAAGAAGCGAAUGUGUGUGAUCACUGGAGGAAACUAGGGAUUACAAAGCCUGCAUUUUACAACGCGCUUUCCCGUGCGUAAACAUGACCAAACUCUCCAGUGUGCGUAACUAACGUGAGAAGCCUGUGCUCGCGGUUUGAUUUGGAGAAACAACUGAAGUUUGGAUCAUAUUAUUUUGCGCAGUUUUCUCUGAGGACUGCAGACUGAAGGGAAAAGAAGUUCUGAGACGCACCGUUCUGUCCAGGAGGAUUUUGGAGACUGAGGACAUGAGACUGCUGGCUGUUUGCGCGCUUCUGCUGUUCAAAGUUAGUUUUGGAGAUGCCUGUGCCAGUAACAAGUUUACUGAGUCGGGGCAGUGUUGCAGUCUGUGUCCCGCUGGCUUCGGAGUGGAGGCACAAUGUGAGAAAGAGGAUACCAAGUGCGCACCGUGCCCACCAGGAACAUUUUCCUCAUCCGAAGGCCUCGGCCCCUGCCUUCCUUGCAUCAAGUGUCCAUACAGAGCCCCGAUGAUUUCCUCUUGCUCUGCGGACCAAGACACACAAUGUGAAUGUGGCAACGGCUUGUUCUUUAUGAGAGACCAUGGCCUGUGUGCGCCUUGCUCCAAAUGCACCCGUGGUGAGGGUGCCGUCCGGCAGUGCGGCCUUCAGGGAGACACCGUGUGCCAGAUGUGUGGCCCUGGGACGUUUUCUGAGGAGCGCAUCAGCACCAAGUCCUGCCAGGCCUGUACCCAGUGCUCUGACAGCGAGGUGGAGAUCCGACCUUGUAUGCCCAACUCUGACACACUCUGCAUGGAUAAGAAGCUGCACAUUUUAUCCCGACCUACUGUGACUGAUGGGACCCGGGAAGCUCCUGGCGAUGAGGUGAUAGAGGGCGAGGAGACCAGUCCUGCUCCUGGAACACCCAAAUUUACCCCACAGGAUGAGGCUGGCAGCAACAACAUUCUGGCCUAUGUGUCUGUUCUGGCUGCCGUGGUGCUGGGUCUGCUCAUUUAUGUGGCUUAUAAAUGCUGGAGAUCGUGUAAACAGAAGAAGGCUCUCUCUAAGGCCCGUGCGGCUGAGCUGGGAUCAUCUCCAGAGGGAGAAAAGCUCCAAAGUGACAGCGGGGUUUUUCUGGACUCUCACAGCCUACAGGACAACCAGCUCAGCAAAGCAGGAACAAAGACUGACAGCAAGCAGGACGCUCGACUAUACAUCAACCUUCCCCCCCACAGACAGGAAGAAGUGGAGCGCCUCCUGCAGGAGGGAGGGGGUCGGGGGUGGAGGCAGCUGGGCGCAGCACUGGGCUAUGAGCCAGAACAGCUGGACCUGUUUGGGCGUGGAGAGGCCCCCGCUCACACGCUCCUCUCUAACUGGGCCCAGAAAGAAGGCUCCACUCUGGGACUGCUGUGUUCGGCGCUGGCCCGCAUCGAGAGGCCCGAUGUGGUAACAGGCCUCACCUGUCCCACGCAGGGCGUCUCUGUGGUCUGACCACGUUUCAGCCACAAACGUGGGACAGUCACAGACUCAAGUGAAGAACUCUGGCUGAAAUGACAUGGGAGGCACUCUUUGAUAUUAACACACUGCCACUGACAGUUUCAUCACCUUGUUGGACACUUAUUAUUCUGUUGUUUUGUUACAUAAAACAAAAAAUAGUCUAAGGAUACUUUACCCCAGUUUAUGUCGCCGUUUGAUUUUAAAAGGAUCCAACUGCAUGAGAGGAUCACCUGCAAUGUAUCUGUUACAUCACCAUUUGCGAUUUGAAAAUGGACAUAAAAUACAACCUGUUUCAACUUAAUAAUGUCAGAAACUUUGAAUGAAUCAUGGUCAGGACUUCACAUUGACGUCCAAAUACAAUACAAUGGUCCACAAGUGACAGGAAACAGAAUACAUGAGCUGCACGUUCUUCUUUAUUUUCAAAAACCACUGUUAAUUUGUUAUAUGGUCAUAUUUGUCCCCUACUCCGUCAAAAGACAGACUCCCUCCAUGUUCAAUUGUAAACAAAUACACUCGGCUCGGAUCAUCAUGUUUCUAGUCUGGAAAGCCUUUUAUGAAUCACAACUUCAGCAACCACUUUGGUGUCGCUGUUGAUGUUUCUCCAAAAAAAGAUGGUUUCUUCCUGCAGCAGUGCUUUCCAGUACGAUGUGACUUUCCCUGUUUGGCCUCAUUUCUGCGCUCGAGCUCGCUCGGAAAAAAGAAGAAAACUCCCAAGAAAACAAACAAAGCUUUUAUGUGGCCGAGUGACUUCUCCAGUAGAAAUUGAGGGUUGAAUCAUCCCAACCAACACAACUUUGACACAAUUGUUAUUUUCUUUAUAAGAACACUUUAAAUAUUUGUAGAUAGAAACUUCUCACUCCUUUUUUUUGCUGCAGCCACUAAGAAGCCUUGGUAUUUAUGUACACUGAGGAUAUAUCAUGCACCAGUGAUGUUUCAAAUAUCAACAGACGUGAAAAUGAAGCAUAACAACGAAAACACAUUUCUUAGCUCUUUCUAAUGUUCGUCUAUGAUUGUAAAUGUCCUACGUGUUGAUUUGUUGUGUGAGAUCACAAAUGAACUUUGAAGACGUGAGAAAAGGAAUAAAAAUCGAUCGAUUUUCCUUACAUUGAAAAUACACAGCUCCAUUUCUGUCAACUUUAUUUUUAAAAUUUGACAGAAAAACCCCCCAAAAGAAAGACAAUGUUUACCAUCAAUUCUUGCGUCAAUCACGCUUCUGUAUUUAUUUCAUCACCAUUUCAAGUUUAAAUCCAAAUAAAAUCUUUGAAAAUGA